AUGGUUAUGUUGAUGUGUUCCCACGUCAGUCGUUUAGAUAUGUCACAACACACACCAGUAAAUAGUAGCAAUGGAAGUAAUAAUAGUAGUGGACAAUUAAAGUCGGUCUCUAGACCAUUGCCAUCGACACCUUUGAGUGCAAGUGGUGGUAAUAUAUCGACAACAGCAAUUCCAAUAAAUAGCAGUGGCAAUAAUAGCAAUACACAGAGCAGUGGCAGUGCACCGAAAUCACCACCACCUCCAAUCAAACCGAGAUUCACCAGCAAGCCACUGCCAUUGAAUCCUACACAACCAUCCAGCUCGCCCUCAAUCACACCAAUCUCACCAAACACCAGUGCCAAUGCAGGUGUCACUGGAAAUAGUGGUAGUGCAAAUGUAGUACCACCAUCAAAACCAACAUCAGCACCCCCAACUUUACCAAAACGUGAUUUUGCAACCACCACAACCAACACCACAUCUACAUCAUCAUCAUCAUCACCCUCUUCAUCAUCAACAAAAACAUCAUCAUCAUCAUCUGGGAAUGAAACAUCAUCAACAUCAACAUCAACAACAACAACAACAUCAUCACCUACAUUGUCAGGAAGUGGAUCAACUUCUGUACAACCACCAUCUUCACCACCACAACAAAUCAAACCAAGUCAUUUGAAUAGCAGCAGCAGUAAUAUCACUCCAUUAUCAUCAUCGUCACCAAAGACCGCUCCAAUAAGCAGUCCACCACCAAAUAAUUAUGUAACAUUAGGAUCAUCGUCACCAAACAGCUUCACUCCAACUUCACCAGAAAAAAGAAACGUUGAGAAUAGCGGCAGCAACAGCAACAACAGCAGUAGUAACACACUUACAUUUGAAAAACAUACAAUUUCACGUGAUGAAUCGAAUCAUUCAUUAUCAUCUCAUAGUGGUACUGGCACUGGCGGCGGAAUUGGCCAGAGCAUAAGCAGCGGCAGCAUCAGUUCCUACGGCCAGGAUGAAAGUCCAGACGCCGAUCGUGACCACGGCUCGGGCGCAUCGGUCGGAGCAGACGAGCGUAAAUCAAUCUUUAAGAAAUUCCCUCAUCAAUGGGCCAUCGGUAAGCUCGAGAAGGAGUCCAGCCAGAAGGAGAUCAAGAAGGAGGAGAAGGAGCGCAAGGAAAUCGAGCGUAAAGAAGAGAAGGAGCGUAAGGAGCGUGAGAAAGAGAAGGAAAAGGCAGAGAAGAAGGAACGUAAGGAGCGUGAGAAACUCGAGAAGAAGGAGAAGGAGAAGGAGAAAGAAAAGGGUGAGAAGGACGUCAAGGACAUCAAGGAUCGUAUACUCUCGCGUACUUCCAGCUCGAUCGCUUCCAAACUCAAGAAUGCAACUCUCACCAGAAAUGGACGUCUCGAUCACGACGACUAUCCAUCGAUGAACAACAAUAACAACACUUCCCCGAUUAUUGGAUCGAGUGGCGGUUCUGCACUCUCGUUCAACAGCAACAGUUCAUCUUCGAUACUGUCGUCAUCGCCAAACCAAGGCAAUGGAUUGGACUCACCUCACCACACAACAUCGACCGGCGGUUCAUUCACUCCGGGAUCGUCGCCACCACUGAACGCCGUCAACUCUGCAGAGAGUUCACUCUCGAUGCGAUCGGCAACACAACUCGAUACCAGUCGUGGACUGAUGACUUGGGGAUCGGGCAGCUAUUGCAAGCUGGGAUUCAAGUCGGUCGAGAAGGACAGCCAGCCAACACCAGAGAGACUUCCAAACUUUAAUAUCUCUGAUAUCUGUUCGAUAUCCUGUGGUAGCUACUAUUCUGCUGCACUCACAGAGAAUGGUGAUGUAUAUAUGUGGGGACGUGGAUCCGUCAAGAAUCCACCAAUUGCAACAUUAGGAAAUGGUACAUUCGAUGAUCAAUUAUUACCACAAAAAGUGGAAUCAUUACAAGAGAUUGUAGUUAUUUCAAUUGGUUUCUACCAUUCUGCAGCUGUAAAGUCAAAUGGUGAACUUUUAACUUGGGGUUGCGGUGAGGAUGGACAAUUGGGACACGGUGACGUGUUUAACCAACCUAUUCCAAAGGUUGUCCAAUCCAUCACAUCUCAUUGGGUAACUCAAGUUCAAUGUGGUGAGAAACAUACUAUUUGUUUAACAAAGAAUGGAAAAGUAUUUACUUGGGGUACUUCAGAAUAUGGACAGUUGGGACUUGGUGAUACUCAAAAGAAUUGUACACCAAUGUUGGUCACUUCACUCGAUAAGUAUCAUAUUAUCCAGAUUGCUUGUGGUGCCACUCACAACGCUGUACUCACAAACAAUCGUGAGGUUCUCGUUUUUGGAAAUGGUGCUGCCAUGGGAAGUGCCAAUAUCAUUUCGAUUCCAAUCAUGGUGCCAUCUCUCAAGAUCAUGAAUAUCGAGCGUUUGAGUUGUGGUCAUUACUCUACUGCUGCGCUGACAGAGUGUGGCGAUGUCUAUACCUGGGGAUCGGGUCAGGAGCUUGGACACGGUCACGGAACCUCAGAGGCACAUCCAAAACUCGUGGAGACACUCCGCAACCAAUCGAUUCGUCAGAUCUCUUGUGGUGGAAGACACAUGGCGUUCUUGACCGACAGCGGAAAAAUCUAUACCAGUGGAAAGGAUCCGUUCGGUCAACUCGGUCAUGCAGCAGGCGACCAAAAUCGUCCAAAGAAAAUAGAUUCACUAUUGAAGACCACUUUUAUGUCUAUAAGUUGCGGUGAGAAUCACAAUGCCGCUCUCUUUGACACCACAAGAUCGUUCCGUGACAAAUUCUGUUGGAAGUUGCUCGAGACUCAGAGAACACUGGUUCGUUCACUCAAUAUCAUUCGUUCGAUCUUCUUGAGUCCACUGUUGAUUCGUGACCGUGAGCAACUGCCUGAGAACAUGAAGCAUCUGCCAUAUAUCUUCUUGUCGGAGGAGGAGAUCAAAACACUGUUUGGUGCCAUCGACAAAAUCUACCAGGUCAACAGCAACACCCUGCACUUGAUGAACAAUCGUCUGCACUCAUGGUCCAACAAAAAGAAGAUCGGUGACAUUCUGCUGAACCAUUUCAAGUCUUCGGAUGUCGUUUUCAAUCAAUACAUUGACCAUAUGCCAUUCGCCAUUCACUCACUGGAGAAUCUGCUGAAGAAAUCGAACUCACCGUUUAACAUCUCUGGCAUGGUGAAAUACACCAAGAAUACACACAUCGACUAUCAAGGUCUGGUCGAUCUCGAAGCGAUGCUGGAAGAGAAGCAAGGAAAGGUUCAGACAAUCCUCGGAUUGGUCAAUUCACAACAGAUGUUGGCAUCGUAUAUCGCAUCGCAAGUGAAUCCACCAUCGGCCAGUGACGACUCCUCUAGUUUCCUCAAGGAGUACGACGCCAAGAUCGAAUCACUCCAGAAUUUCAAGAAGACCUGUCUCAAACUCAUCAAAUCCAGCAAGAAAUACUACGAAGUGGAACCAGAGGCAUUCAAAGAGCAAGGACACUUCUCUGAGAAUCUACUGCUUGCCAAGAGUUCGUUGGACGGACUGGUGGAUACACAGUUGGCAGCAUCGCUCGACCACUUCUCACAGUCGAUCAAGAAGAUUGGAUAUCUUCGUAGCGAGUUGUCGACCCGUACCAACUCUGCUUUCUCACAGCCACUGAGUCAGGUUGCCGACGAACUAGACGCUUUCAUCCCGCUGAUCGUUGAGAUGCGUAAGCGUGUGUUUGACGCACACCAAGAGUACGACAGUGCCGUCAACAAACUCUAUUCACUCGCCAAGAAUCUUCAGCCAACCGACAAGAAGAUGAUGGAAGCCGAGAAAGAGGUGAGCAACCUGAAGAAAGCACUCGAUAGAACUGUAUAUGAAUUCGACGCCAUCUUCAAGGAGGGUAUCCAAAUACAGUCGCGUUCACUCAAGUUGUUCUACGCCUGCAUGAAAGCACAGCAAGAGUACUUUGAGCGUGGACUUCAGAGAUUCCAAUCGAUGAAACCGUCGUUCGAUGCUCUCGACUCGCACUUCCGUCAGCAGAGUCGCGCCACCUGGUCGAAAUCGAUCCACGAGACACUCACCUCGACAUUCUCUGACAAAUCGUCGAAACCCAAAGAAGUUGUCGAGAAGGAGAAGGAGAAGGAAGCAGCCAUCAUCGUCGAAGGUUCGCCAAGUGCAAGCUCAUCGUUUAUCGCUGUCGAAGGCGAGAGUAGCAGCAGCUCAUCGCCAAAUCCAAAGGCAGCCGCUGCCUCCUCAGCCACAAUCGACCCACAAGUGAUUCUGGCCGAGUUGGAGUCAACCGAUUGGUCAUACCUGCUGGAUCCACCCACUGCCAACGAGUUUACCGACACCUUUAUCGAGGAGCAAUACGAUCAGAUGGUCGAACUACUUGCAUCGCCAUCGCUGCAAGUCGUUCAAUGUGUUGUUUCCCCAUGCUCCCAAGAAGAUCAAAUCAGAACGAUCGAGUCGAUCUCGCGUAUCUUUGACAGCUUCAACAAGAUUCGUCCCAUCAUUCAAACCGGUAUCGAAGUUGAGGUGCAAUCCACUGCCAAUCCCUCAACUCUGUUCCGUUCGAAUACCACCGCCACCAAGUUGAUGACCGCUUUCACCAAGAUGAAAGGUAUGCCCUAUCUCACAAAGAUUAUCACUCCUCUGGUCGUCAAGAAGUUCCCAGACAACAAACACUCGUCGGUCGGUGGUUUCGUAUUCCUCAGAUUCUUGUGUCCAGCCAUCAUUGCCCCAUACACCGCCGGUUUGGUCGACGAGGCACCCGGACCAGAGGCAACUCGUGCACUCGUUCUCAUCGGUAAGGUUCUUCAGAAUCUUGCCAACGGUAUCGAGUUUGGUCAGAAAGAAUCGUUUAUGAUCCCAGUGAAUCGUUUCAUCAUCGGUAAUCUCAGUCGUCUCAACGAGUACUUUGACAAACUCACUGACGUGCCAGACUACCGUGGUGACUACAUCCCAAUAUCGACUAGAGACGAAGUUCAAAAAGAUAUUAGAAACAUUCAUCUCUUAAUUGUAAAGAAUUUAUCCAAAGUACUCAAGCAACUUGCACUCUACAAACAAAAAGAAAUCAUAGGUCAACUCGCUAAAACACUUGUAUUUUUAGGUGAUCCACAAGCAUUAAAUAUAAUUUUCUUUGUAAUUACAAGGUUGGUUGAUGAUUCGGCAAUCUGGUUAAAUGAAGGUUGGUGUGAUGGCCAUAUUUUAUCAGAAAAUUUAAAAUUUAAAAGAAAAUUGUUGUUGUUGUUUGAAAUGAACAAGAUGAUAGAUUUGAAGAGAGUCGAUGCAAUUAUAAAAUCCGUUCUUAUUAAAAUUAUAGAGUACUUUCCAAAGUAUGAAUUAAGUACCACCAAUAUUGUAACACCAGAGCAGCGUCUGCCACUCGGGCCAACCUUGUUUCUUUCGUUUCAGCAUGUGCUGGCAAUGUUUGGUUCCAGUGUUGUUUGUCCGCUGCUCAUGGGUUUCAAUGCCAACACUGGAUUGCUGUUCUCUGGAAUCGGUACUCUGAUUUUCUAUGUCUGUACAGGAGGUAGAGUCCCAUCUUAUGUGGGAAAUUCAUUUGCUUUCAUUGGUGUCGUGAAUGCCGCCACCAAUUUUCAUUAUAUUCCAGGUGGUCCAACCAACCAACAUAUUCCCGUUGCACUAGGAGGAAUGUUUGUCUGUGGACUUAUCUAUCUGGCGAUUUCGCUGAUAGUCAUUUUCUUGGGAUACCGUUGGUUGGAGAUUCUUAUGCCACCUGUAGUCACUGGUGCAGUAGUGCUUGCAAUCGGCCUGAAUCUUGCCGGUUCUGCCAUUACACAGGCAGCGGUAUCUGGAUUUGAUGCAUGGUUUUCUUUUUGUACUGUGAUGUCUGUUGCUUUGGUGACAAUGUAUGCACCUGGUCCACUCAAAAGAUUGCCAAUUUUAAUAGGUGGUUUAUUCGCAUAUCUUCUCUACCUCUUCUUUGGAUUGGGUGGUAUUGGUCCAGGAAUUGAUUUCAAACCAGUGCAUGAAGCCAAGUGGAUCGGUGCUCCACCCAUUCACUAUCCAGUAUUUGAAACUGGAGCCAUUACACUGAUUGCACCGGUUGCAAUUAUUUUGGUCGCUGAAAACAUUGGUCAUGUUAAAGCUGUAGGUUCAAUCACUGGAAAACCAAUCGAUCAAUAUAUUGGUCGUGCAUUCCUUGGUGAUUCAUUGGCAACAAUCUUUGCUGUAUCUUUUGGAAGUAUUGGAACAACAACAUAUGCCGAAAACAUUGGUGUAAUGAGUAUUACAAGAGUAUUUUCAACAUUGAAUUUCGUUAUUGCUGGUCUUGUUGCUAUCUUCCUUGGUUUACUUCCAAUUUUCGGAGGUAUUAUUCAAACUAUUCCAUCGGGUGUAUUCGGUGGUUUAUCUAUUGUUUUGUUUGGUAUGGUCGCUGCUACUGGUGCACGUAUUUGGAUUAGUAAUAAAAUCAACUUUUCGAAACCACGUAAUAUGUUGACAGCUGGUAUCUCGCUUGUAUUGGGUAUCGGUAUGGCCAACGGUACUGUUAUCACUUGGGGUGUUGUUAAAAUAGAUGCCAUCGGUGCUGCCACUCUUUCCGCAAUCAUCUUGUACCAACUGCUGCGAGAGAAUUGGAUUCACAUUUUCAGAUACGUAAUUGCCAAGUGCAAAGGACAACACUACGAGAUUCCAGAGGAGGAAGAGGAUGAGGAGGAUGACUUGCACGGCGGUGGUGGUCUACCACAAACUCAAACUCCAACACUCGGAGGAAAGUCAACUUCUUCGUCGUCCGAUUUGGAGUUGCCAACGAUUGGUGAAGACAGCUGUGUCAUUGCCAUUGACACCCACAGUGGUUCCGGAUCGAGUUCACCAAAACUCCACGAAUCCAGUUCACCACUGAACGGGUCGAUCAACUCUGAGACCAACAGUUCUGGAACCAGCAGUAGUCCAUCGCUCUGGAGAUCUGUAACCUCCAAAUUCACCAAGAAAUCAAAAACUGAUUAUCCUUCACCGGGAGCAAUCCAUAAACUUUAA